AUGACUCUCUGUCGAGAGUGGCUAAGAGUAGUUGGUAAUGAAGAAUUAGUGCAUCUACCAAUAGAAAAACUGCAUGAGCAGCGAAAUGUUUGUGCUAUACAUUUUGCAAAAAAAGAUUUCAACAAAAAAGGCAAUCGUCUGAAAAGAAAUGCAGUACCAACAUUAAAUUUGAAGGUUUUACCUCUAACUGAUGCACAAUUGGCAGAAUUUCCACAAUAUAUGUACAGACAUUCUGAGUCAAAAGAAUCUUAUCCACCAACUACUGACCAGAAAGAAAAUAUCCAGGAAGGAGGACCAGAUUGCACUGAUAUUUUGCCUGAAUCAGUGCCAUCUACGAGCCAACAACCAAGACAUAUCCUUAUGGAACUGACUCAAAAUGAUCUUUUGUCUGAAGCAGUGCCAUCCACGAGCCAGCAACCGAGACAUAUCCCUAUGGAGCUGUCUCAAAAUGGUUAG